GAUGUCUACAACCGAUUCUGAUUUAUCAGAACUCCCCCCAUACACAGCCCUGUUAUGGGGACAGUUCCUGGCAAACCCCCACCUGAUGUAUAAUUUGUUUUCAAGGGGACCAAAUGGAACAUCUUUUGCCUCAGACCAUGUAAUAAAUAUGACUGGGGUCUGGACUAAUUCAAAGAUGAGUGAGUUUAAGGUGGACAGUCUAGAGGAACUACAAAGAGUGAGAAAUGAUCUUCUGACUAUGCCCAUUUUAUUCCACAUCAAAGUGGAACAUCAGAAAACGGAAAAUUAUGCCGUCAUUAAAAUCCGAAAGAAGUGGAAAGAUGAGUUUGCAGUGCUCGUUAACACACGACAUCCCACCAUCCGAGAAAUUCUGUCCCACAAACUUAACGAGGCCACACAACACAUGCAGGAGGGAAAGAACUUCUGUCUAAAGCUUGAUUUUGGCCCCUCCGUGAAGCAGUGGUACAGUGGGGUAGUGGAUAAUGAAGUGUCCUUCUGUGACUCCCGCAGCAACAGUGACUCAGGACAUAUGGAAAUAUUUGUCCACAACUACACCACCCCCAUCGAGUGCUGUGUCAAUCCUGUCUGCAUCUUCUGUUGUUUUCCUUUCUGGCUGUUGUUUGGUGGACCUUGCUACUGUAUUCACAGAAACAUCAAAUGUACUGAUGAGAGUCAUAGUUUUAGUGACCUUCCCGUGGUUCUACUUACCGGGGUCAGCGUUAGAGUAAGAGUUGAGCCCGCCCAACAAUUCUAUAGCUACCCCUCCGGACCGGGUCACUACCCCCCAGGCCCGCCAGCCAUGCCACAGGGACCACCUGCCUACACACCACCCCAGGGGUAUCCAGCACCACACCAACAGGCACCACCAGCAGGGGUACAGCAGAAUUACCCCCCAGGAGCCCCACAGAAUCACCCCGUGGGGGCCCCACCACCUUAUCCAGGCCACAACUAAGGAACUCUGUCGAAGUGAAAUAUUCAAAUAAGUGGUUGUAAGUCACACAAAGAGAAGGGUAUUGACUCUAUUGUGGUGAUUUUUUUUUGUAAUGACAAUUCAAAAACUCAGUUGUUCUUAAUAAAAGAUCUGCAUUUCUUUCAAGUGAUAAAAACCAAGUCUUCAAAUGUGUACAUUUCUUAGAAAAAAUGUUUAACUUUAUUUCAUUUAAUAUUUUUCUCCAUUUUAAGAGGUGUUUUUUUCUUUAAAAAAAAACAACAUAGAGCAUGUUCAUUGUUCUAACCAGCUUACAAGCUGUUUAUGUUUGCUUUAAAUCAUAAUAAAACAUGGAUUAUUAGUCAGAACCGGUGUGAUUUUCAAGUAUAUUUUUGAUAAAAAUCAUCACAAUUUCAACUGCGUUUGACUUUUAUGUCAAAAUAAAAAUGAGGGGCCAAACCUGGUCUUUACUACACCUUGUUCUUUGCAUUGAUGUAAAUAGUGCUAUUGUUUAUAUUUCUGUAUUUGAAUUUUACUUUUUGUGUGUAUUCCAUAAUUCUUAUAGAUUGUGUACAGAAACCAAUACUAACUAGUACAGAAAUUAUUUUCAGAAAACUUUUAAUCUGUUUAUCUGCACGCACAUUCAAGGACAUGAAUUUUUUCUCCACAUUUAUUAAGUAGAAAGAAACUCAGCAAUGUAGUAUAUGACACAUUCAAUGUUAUUUACAGAUUCAGUGAUGUAGUAAUCAAGGUACAUGUAAUAGAAUUUAUUUAGCUGAAAUAUCAAUUAAGCUAUAAACCCAGGAGUGGUAUCAUAAGCAGAGCUAUCCCCUGCCCCAUUUUUUUCCAGACACAGUGUAAUUAUCAUUGAAAGAUACCACAUUUUUGUAAUAUAGAUAUAAGUAAGUAUAGUAUAGUAAUUUUAGUAUACUGAAAUUUGACAAUUUAAAUGUUUUAUUUAGAAUUAUUUUGGAGGGGAGGGUGUUGGAAGAUGUACGUAAACCAUCCCCAUCUCAUUUGUCGAGUUGGUACAUGUAGGUUGUCAAUUUUUUUUUUCCUGGUCUCCACACUUUAAAAAUGAUACUAUUUGUAUAAAAUCUACUAUUGAAUGAUCCUAUUAAAUUUUCACCUAAAUUCUCCCAAAGUAGUGAUUUUUUUUAAAUUCUGCUUUACUACUUUGAGUAUCAAUGUGCCAUAUUUUUAACAGCAUUUUUGUCACAUUUACAAAAUAAUUUUAUGAUUGCUUUCAAUCAUACAAUUUAUUGAUUUGUUGUAAAUUUAAUUAAGGCCAUUGUUAUAUAUAUGUAUAAUUAUAAGUUAUAACUUACUUGUAUAGUGUAAUUAUAUGAUGUGCUAUACACCUUAAAUUUUUAUAUAAUUUUUGUUUUUUUUAACCAUGCGUUCUUUUAAAAAGGGAAAUUGUAUGUAUUAUAUGUAAAUUUAUUAUUCUUUAGCAGUUUUCUACAAAACUUGUUUCAAAAUAGGACAUAAUUUUUUUCAAAAGCAAAUGAAAAAAGGGUUAAAUCUGAUAUGUGACUAUAUUCAUGAUGUCAUAUGUCCUGUGUCAAUUCAUUUUUUUGUGACCUGUAACAAAUUUAUUUAUUUAAUAUUUUAAUUUUUUUUUUUGGGGGGGGGGGGGUUGCUUCUCUCAUUGACAAGCUCCAAUCAAAUUGAAAUAUGUAGAUAACAUUAAAAAAAAAGAAUCAAUUGAAGUUUAACAUUUGAUGUCUAUGAUGCAUUGAUUAUAACCAAAAUGAUUUAUGUUAUUGAGAGAGAUAUGACUAAUGGACCAAGAUUUGUAAUUUUCAAGGAAGGCAGUCAACCCUAUGAGGUAAUGAAAUGAAAUUUGCCAGGGGUCCCAUGGUAGUGAGUUGACACAGGACUCCCGAUAUUGUUGAAUGAUCCGUAAGCACAUAAAAACACACCUAAAAUUGAAAAAAAAAACUUUAAUAUUUAGCAACAUUUAAUAAGAUGAUUCAUUAUUUACAUGCAAGACAGUAGCUCUUAAUUAAGGUGCCUUACAUAUUGUAACACAAACUUGUACUUUAUAAGAGAAAUCACUUUGCAGGGAUGCACUAUAAUUAGCUUGGUUGUUCCAUGAUCUGCUAUAUUUAUGUACAUUCAAAAUAACGGUUGUAUAUGCAUGUAACUGCAUAAAUGCUCUGGUAGGAAAAUAAAAUAUUUAAACUGUU